AUGUCGGCUAUCGAACCAUCUAUCGUGGACUCUGUACAAGUACAAGAGCUCGAGAGCACAAGAAAUGAUAGGAAGCGAAAGCGGUCCAGUUCUCUAACCGCGGCGUCAUCAGUAAACCCGGCUGAAGCAUCAAGGCAGACUGCGGGAUCGCCCACUACAACAGACGGAUCCGAUGAUAUAGCCACCCCUUUAUCUAAGAAUCAACAAAAGAAACUCUUAAAAAAGCAGAAAUGGGAAGAAUCUCGGGAAUCUCGACGGGCCCUUCGUCGCGAAAAGAUGGCAGCGAAAAGAAUCCGCCAACGUGAAGAGCGUGAUGCCGCGAACGCCAACCUCCAAACCUCCAAACCUACUGGCGGACCGAAGUCUGGAAACAAACGCAAGAAUAACCGAAAACUUGAACGUAAAUCCAAACGGCUUCCCAUAAAAUGCAUCGUGGAUUGCUCCUUCGAUGAAUAUAUGAUGGAUAAGGAAGUUGCAUCACUCGGGGCGCAAGUUUCGAGAUGUUACAGCGACAACAGAAUCGCGAAAUUUUCCAUGGAUUUGUGGGUCACGUGUGUCGACAAAAGACUUCGCUCUCACCUCUAUCUCAUGCACGGGGAGAAAUGGAAAUCCUGGCGCAAGAUUCAUGUCACAGAUGCAGACUAUGAACUUACAAGGGAUGAUAUUCAAGCGGGAAAUGUAAUUUACCUUUCUUCAGAUUCCGACGAGAUGCUCGAGACACUGGAAGAAGGGAAAACUUACAUUGUCGGCGGGAUAGUAGAUAAAAACAGGUACAAGGGGCUCUGUUUCAAUAAAGCUGUUGGCCAAGGGCUUCGUACUGCAAAACUUCCGAUCGGGGAAUAUAUCAAGAUGACAGGGCGAAUUACAUUAACCACAAACCAAGUUGUGGAGAUUAUGUUGAGAUGGCUGGAAUUGAAGGAUUGGAAAGCAGCCUUUGAAGCUGUGAUUCCGAUGAGGAAGAAGAAGGAGAAGAAGGGCCUAAUUGGAAGUCAACGUGAAUACGAGGAAGGUGGGCAAGGGGAAGCCGGCGCAUCUCUUAGCGCCAAUUUGCCUAUUGAAAAAGGGGAAGGAGAGGAGGAGGAGGAGGAGGAAGAAGUCGAUGACGAUGACGAUGACGAUCUUGAUUUAAAUCCACUAGCAGGCUUGGACGAUGAUAGCCAGACUGAAGAUGAUGGAGAAGAUAAAGAUGAAGUGGGUUCCAUUGAAAAUUGA